GCAGCGCUGUGGUGCAAAGCGAGCAGACACUGCGCGGCCACCCUGAACUGUCAGCUGUAGCAGGAGUCCUCUUUGCCGAGUACCAACCAGCUCGACAGAGACACCCGGAAGGCACGAAAGUCAAUUUGAGAGGGCAGCAUGAAUCGCUUUAAGACGUCCAAAUUCAAAAACACCACUCCGAAAAUUGCCAAGAAAGAUGAAUGGAUCAACAAUGUCCGAGGUGGUUCUUUCUCCUCCCAGGGGAACCACAUCAAAGCGAGCGCCAAGCUGGUGGCCUUCAAUACCGAGCAGGCUGGUGGAGGAAUGCUGGGCCUGUCCUCAGUCAAACCAGGUUCAGAUGGCCAAUGGACAGUCACUCAGAUCUCCUGCCAUUCUGAUCUGAUGACUGAUAUGGACUUUUCUCCUUUUGAUGAAAGUCUCCUGGCAACAUGCUCCGGAGAUGAAAUGGUGAAGCUGUGGCGUUUGUGUGAUCCAGAGCUGCAGCAGCCCAGCAGUCCCGAGCUAACCCUGCGUCCGGGUCAGGGCCGGCUGGAGCUGGUGCUUUUCCACCCCACCUCUUCCAGCUUGCUGGCGCUCGGCACCACCUCGUCCCCCCUGAUUUGGGACACCAGCCGCCAGGAUGCACCACUAGCAGUUCUGGAGCAGCACAGUGACCAGCUGCAGAGUCUGAGCUGGAAACAGGACGGUUCCUUGCUGGCUUCCUCCUGCAAGGACAAGAUGCUGCGGGUGUUCGACCCCAGAGCCCAGCUGACACCUGUUCAGAUGAAUCCUGGAUUCAUCUCACUGCCAUGAAGAGGAGGAGGACCA